GAAUAGUUUGUUCAUUGAUAGUGCCUGUCUGUAAAAAGUGUAAACUGUGUCCGCAUGUUCCACGUUGUGAAACGCGGCAUAUGUAAAAAAAUUUAAUUAUUUCUAUUUAAAACACAUACGUGUGAUUAAAAUGGAAGAAAAGAAAGCAGAGAAAUGUCAAUUUAAAGUUACUGUUAUUAAAAACAUUGAGAAAGAGGUACAAGCAUAUUGGGAAAAGCAUAAUUUGCACGAAACGAGCACAGUCGGAAUUAAGCAGUCACCUGAUGAAAAAUUUUUUGCAACCUUUCCAUAUCCUUACAUGAAUGGACGUCUCCAUUUGGGUCAUGCUUUCUCAGCAUCAAAGUGUGAGUUUGCCAUUCGAUACAAUCGCUUAUUGGGAAAGAAAGUACUAUUUCCUUUUGGCUUGCACUGCACUGGUAUGCCUAUUAAAACAAGCGCUGAUAAACUCAAAAGAGAAAUGGAAAUAUAUGGCUAUCCACCAAAAUUUCCUGAAGACAGUGAGAUGGAAGAAAAAAUAAAUGAUGUGUUAAAGGAUAAAAAUGAAUUUCCUGAGAAGAUGGUGAAAGAAAUAGAUGAGGAUGUGUUAAAGAAUAAAAGCAAAGGAAAAAAGAGUAAAGCAGUUGCUAAAGCAGGUUCAGCAACAUAUCAAUGGAAAAUUAUGCAGUCCCUUGGCUUACAAGAUGAGGAAAUUAAAAAUUUUGUUGAUACUGCAUAUUGGUUAGAUUAUUUUCCACAGCAUGCUAUAAAUGACAUAAAAUCUUUUGGUCUUCAUGUGGAUAGGCGAAGGUCAUUCAUUACAACAGAUGUGAAUCCAUUUUAUGAUUCUUUCAUACGCUGGCAGUUUCAUCAUUUGAAAUGUAGAAACAAAAUCAAAUUUGGAAAGAGGUAUACUAUUUAUUCACCAAAAGAUGGUCAACCAUGUAUGGAUCAUGAUAGAUCCUCUGGUGAAGGUGUUGGACCACAGGAAUAUACAUUGAUUAAGAUGAAAGUGCUAUAUCCUCAAAAAAUUAAGGAUUUUGGUAAUAAAUCAGUUUAUCUCGUAGCUGCAACUAUGAAACCAGAGACAAUGUAUGGUCAAACAAACUGUUGGGUACAUCCAGACAUUAAUUAUAUAGCAUAUAAUGUAGCGUGCGGGGAUGUAUAUAUUUCUACAGAACGUGCAGCGAGAAAUAUGUCCUAUCAAGAUUUCUUCAAAGAAGAGGGAAAGAUAGACAUUGUUUACAAACUCACGGGCAAAGACUUAUUAGGAUUAGCAUUGGAAUCCCCUCUCACAAGUAAUAAGGUGAUCUAUGCAUUACCUAUGUUGACAAUAAAAGAAGACAAAGGUACUGGAAUUGUAACUUCUGUUCCCAGUGAUUCUCCCGAUGAUUAUGCCGCACUAGUUGAUCUGAAAAAAAAACAGCCGUUUAGAGAAAAGUAUAAAAUCGCCAAUGAAAUGGUGCUGCCAUAUGAUCCAAUUCCCAUAAUCGAAGUUCCAGAAUUGGGCAAUUUAGUAGCAGUAACAUUAUACAAUCAGUUCAAGAUUCAAUCUCAAAAUGAUAAAAUCCAACUCAUGAAAGCAAAAGAGAUAGCAUAUUUGAAAGGAUUUUAUGAUGGUGUAAUGUUAGUAGGUCCAUACAAAGGCAAGAAAGUACAAGAUAUUAAGAAACUAAUUCAAAAAGAAUUAGUUGAUAGUAGUGAUGCAGUAAUCUAUUAUGAACCAGAGAAAACUAUUAUUUCGAGAUCAAAUGAUGAAUGUGUAGUGGCUCUAUGUGAUCAAUGGUACUUAGAUUACGGAGAAGAAAAUUGGAAGAAAAAAACACUUGAAGCUUUAAAGAAUCUUGAUACUUUCCAUGAUGAAGUUAGAAAGAAUUUCCUUAGAUGUUUUGACUGGUUACAUGAAUAUGCAUGUUCUAGAAAAUAUGGGCUUGGUACCAAAUUACCAUGGGAUGAAAAUUGGUUAAUCGAAUCUUUGUCAGAUUCCACUAUUUACAUGGCAUACUAUACAGUAGCACAUUACUUGCAAGCAAACCUUAAAGGAGAUAAACUUACUAGACAUAAAAUAAAAGCCAAUCAAAUGACUCCAGAAGUAUGGGAUUAUAUCUUCUUCAAAGACGCUGACUUCCCUGAGACAAGUAUAGAUAACACUAUUCUAAAUGAUAUGAGACGCGAGUUUCAAUAUUGGUAUCCAGUAGACUUGAGAACAUCAGGAAAAGAUCUGAUACAGAAUCAUCUCACAUAUUUUCUGUACAACCAUACAGCAAUAUGGCCGAAUCAACCUGAAUUAUGGCCAAAAGGAAUAAGGGCAAAUGGUCAUCUACUUUUAAAUUCAACAAAAAUGUCUAAGUCAGAGGGUAAUUUUUUAACACUUGCUGAAGCUAUAGAAAAAUACUCGGCUGACGGAACCCGUCUUUGUCUAGCUGAUUCUGGUGAUUCGAUAGAAGAUGCCAAUUUUGUUGAAAAUUCAGCUGAUGCGGGAGUUCUUAGACUAUAUACUUAUCUUACUUGGGUCACAAGUAUAUGCAAUAAGAAGGAUCUAAUGAACUUUAGAUAUGAAGGGCCAUAUACUUUCCAUGACAAAGUUUUUGAAAGCGAAAUGAACUUAAAAGUUAAAGAAACUGGUGAAAAUUAUUCAAAAAUGCUUUACAAGGAAGCAUUAAAGACAGGAUUUUAUGAAUUACAAGCAGCAAAAGAUAAAUACUGGCAAUUAAGUGAAAUGGAACAUUACAACUAUACUCUUAUUAUGAAAUAUAUAAAACUUCAAACAAUUAUGUUAGCUCCUAUUUGCCCACAUAUUUGUGAACAUAUAUGGAAACUUGUAUCUAAUAAUGAAAAAUCCCAUAGUAUAUUCAAUGAAAAAUGGCCUGCUGUGGGAAAAAUAGAUGAAAUUCUAAUAAAAUCAUCCCAAUAUUUAAUGGAUGCUGCUCAUACAUUCAGAAAUCUUUUAAAAAAUUACAAUACAUCAAAGAAGUCUUCAAAAAAAAAUGGUGACAUAGAGAAACCUAGGCAAGGAAUUAUAUGGAUAGCUAAGACUUAUCUACCUUGGCAAAAUAUUGUUCUUAUGACGAUGAGAGAAAUGUAUUUUAAAAAUGGAAAUAAAUUACCAGAUAAUAAAAUACUCGUUACAGAGCUAGGAAAUAAAGAUGAAUUGAAAAAAUAUAUGAAAAAAGUAAUGCCAUUCGCGCAAUUUGUAAAAGAAAAAAUGAAAGUUGUCGGUAUUAGUGCCCUAGAUUUGACACUUGAAUUUAACGAAUUUGAAGUACUUAAAAAUAACAAGAAUUAUCUUAAAAAGACAUUAGAGCUCGAACAUAUUUUCAUAAAAUAUACUGACAAAGCUCCAGAAAAAACAAAGGAAGGAUGUUCUCCAGGGUCUCCAUUCAUGAGUUUUUCUACGAAGCCUGUACUUCUAAUACGCAUGAAUAAUCCGCAAAUUUACAGUGGUUUAUUUGAACUAUCUAUGAAUAUUUCAUUUGCACCAGAUACAGCUGAAGAUAUCGUAUCGUAUAUUGUAAAAAAACAUAAGCACAUAAAUGAUCCUGCUUCCAUAGUAUUAUAUCGGUAUGAUGAUCCAAUUUUGGGUCCAAGAACUAAACCAGGACCAGAGAAUAUUUUGAAGGGAAAAACUAAAAUUCCGUCUAAUGCUAUAUUUAAUGUAAAUGCAGAAACGCAAAGUAUUGAAAUCAGCAUUGGAGAUAAUACGUACCCAAUAGGCGAGUAUUUAAUAUAUAUGGACAAAUCUUUGGAAAAGUAAAUACAGUAGAUUUGAUUUCAGUAAUGAAAAACUAUAUUAUUCAUUAUAUUGAUCAUGUAA